AUGGUAUCCAUACAAAGGGAGAUACGCACUGCAAUAAAGUCUAUGAGGAGGAAAGUGGUGGUCCACCAGGUCGCCGUGAAAACGGCCAAAGAAGGGCGCCUGAUCCCCAAGGCGGAGCUCCUCAAGUGCCGUUCCAAGGCGAGGGCGGCGAUUCCGGAAAUCUUGGCCCGCCUCAGAGAAACAAUAAGCUCCAAAGACCAGUGGAGCUUUUACGGGCACAUGACUGCAUACCUGGCAUCCAUCUUCGGCCACCGAGGCGGUGUUUACCAGAAUAUGACGAUAGAGGAGGUGGAGGGUGCCCGCAAAAGCUCCACAGGGGACUCCUACCUGAUUAACAUAGCAACGCACAAGACCAACCAGCAGUUUGGGGCGGCACAGAUGUCCUUGACGGGGGAGGAGUACGGCUGGAUGACGGAUUUCCUCAGCAUGAGGUCGUUGCUGACGGGCGGCGAGGAGGCGAAGUAUUUCUUUUUCACCUCCAAGCCGAACUUUUGCCGGAACCUCAAUGCGUAUUUUCAAGAGGCCUGGAGCAGCAUGGGUUUGACCGGAACUCCAACCUUUACUGACAUCCGCACCUCCAUCUCAACCCAUGCAAAAAACACCCACACGGCAGAUGACCGCCACAAAGUGGCACAGUUCAUGUGCCACGACACCGUUACAGCUGACCGCUUUUAUGCACUCAACCUGGAUGUCAGCCAGGCCACAGAUCACCGGCGGCUCUUUGACAUGCUGCUCCAGGGACCUGAAUCCUCCCCCGUCAAGAAGACCCCCACCAAGAAGAGGAAGGCGAGUAAGGGCUCUCCUGUGAAGUCAAAAAGCAAAAAGCCCAAGGUUGACACGGAGGGCAGCAAUGAGGAGGCCCCAGACGAGGAACCGACAGAGUACCCGCAACCAGGUACCUCAGCAGAGUCCAAGCCGAGGACCUCCUCGUCAAAGCUUUCCCGGAGGGCGGUCAUACAGCUUUCUCCCUUAAACUUGAGCCCCUUUAGGGGUUCCCCAAAGUUGCAGAAAGCGGCCUCGCUUGUUUCAAAAGCCAAAAGAACCCUCCUUAAAACCACAAAGAGCCACCAACAGUAG